GAAGUCACCUUCGCACUGGAGAGUGGAGAGACGGGCAGCACCCUCCUCGAGAAGCUGCUGCCAAAGUACAGGUCGGCCAAGGACGCCAAAGAGGAAGACACUGUCAAGGCGCUGGAGAUGGUGUGCCCUGAGCUGGCGGAUGCACUCAAACCUGUACCUCCCAAGGCUCCAGAAGUUCUUUUGGAACAACAUGCAGCGUGUCUCCGCCGUCUCCAGUGCCAGCAAGAGAAGCUCAAGAACCAGGUCGUGGCCAACGCCAGGUCAGGGAAGGAGCUCCUCCUCAAGCUGGAGGAGAACGUCAGAGCGUGCGCUGAAACUCAGGCUGAGGUCAAUCGCCUCACCAGCCAGACAUCUGCAGCCAGGGGCGCUGGAGGUUCAGCCAUGGAUGCAGGCGACGGAGGCAAGACGGCUAAUACUGACGAGUCCCUCAAAUUCCCUGAGCUGGACCCUGAGGACGUGGCCCUCCUCACGCCUGAGCAGCAGACGGCCUACGAGGCAGCGCUGGCCAGGGCCAAGCAGGCCCAGGAGGUGUACAAGAACGCGCAGAGCAUCGGCCAGCAGGCGCAGGACGCGGCCAAGACGCUGCGGGAGUUGCGGGAGACUGCCACUCACAAGCGUCGACGUGCAUCAGGUGCUGCAGGCGUUGCGGCUGGGGCCCCUGCAGCUGGCGCCGAAUCGCAGGCCAAGGACGACGAAAAGCCAGUUGAGUCAAACCGGGAUUUCACUGAUGUCAAGAACGUGGAGGCGCACAUCCAGCGCACGGCGUCCAUCAAGGCCAGGGCUGCAGAGGUCAAGAAGUUCGUAGAGUCGGCGCCGUACGACCUCAUGGGGAUGGCAGAACACCACUUGUCCCAAGUGCAGUGCCAGGGUGAGGAGAGGCGCCUUCGCAAUGUUGGUUGGAGGUCAGAGGCUACGUGGACAGCUGCUACGGCUACAGGCAGGUCUGAGAAGGGCACGCACGGGGGAACGUGCUGGCUCCGAAGGGCCACCUAUGCCACAAGCACUCACCUGACAGGCUCGCUUGGCAAGAGUGCGUUUCAUGAUGCCCUUCGUGAUACGACAGUGGUGCUAUGGAGGUUUCACGGGGUUACUUUCGCCUUCAUUGUUUGUUAUCUCGAUUGUUCUAUCGGCAUGGCUGGGACCAACUCCAGGAAGAUGCACAACAUCGCCAGGAUCGUCAAGUCACUGGAUGUGCCAUGGUUGUUGGUGGGAGAUUUCAAUGCCACGCCUGCUGAGAUGGCAAAGUCGGGAUGGUUGGACGUACUUCGGGCUCGCGUCGUGACCACAGAGGGGGUCGAGGUCUCAUGCACUUCAGGAAAAGGCCGCAUGAUUGACUACGCGGUGGUGCCAGACAGCUUCCGUCCCUUUCUAUCCCAGGUGCUGCCAGUGCAGAAUUUGCCGUGGGGCCCUCACAUAGGCCUCAACAUCCUCAUCAGGUCUCGUCCCGCAUCGGUCUUCCUCCGUGUACCAGUGCUUCCAGUACCCCUGGUGAUUCCCGAGGGUGAGUCCAGGGUGCCCAAAGGCCUCAAGAGGUUCCAGAGGGACAGGGAGAAGCAUGCGAAGAUCCAGGAGAUGCGAGACGAGAUGCACGCGUUGCAGCAGGGCGGCCUGCUCAAUGACGACGAUGACCACUUGCUGGACGACCACUACGUCACCAAGCGGGCCCUGAGGUGCGAUGACCAGGAGCGGAUCCAGUACGUGUAUGAGGCCAGCGAGGACCUCGGUUACUCCGUCCCCCAGGCCGAGCCAGACGUGCAGAGAAGUGAGGCGUACAGAGCGGCCCCGCACAUGUCUGAGGUUCCCGCGAGGCAGUAUGGCAUCUGGUCGAUGGCGGCGGAGGCACAGUUGGCUGAUCUUUGUGAGGUUGAACUGCGACAGGGAGCCCGCCGAGGUAUGCCUGUGAAGUAUCAGUGGAGACGUGCUGUUGUUCAGAAGAAUGACUCGAAUUUCGGCCACUCCAGUGCCAACGCCCUCAGCAGCAGGUGGGCGAGUCUGCACGCCAGGGUGCAGGAGCAGCUGGUGGCGCUAGGUCGCUUUCGUCAUUCGGGAUAUCGGCAGCGGGUUCAGGACAUCGUGACCAGCAUACUGGCCGAGCUGCGCAGAGAGCAUGACAGACAUGGCCCAGUUCCAGAUGGCCAUGCUGAAGAUUUGACUGGGAAGUGGAGAGUUUUCAGAGAUGAUGAGCAGGUUCUUCGCCAGGGCGAGCGCAUUCGAGCAUGCACGGACUUCGCAGAGUGGCAGAACUUCGCGCUGAAGGUGCAGGCCCGCUCAAUCCGUCACGCCAGCCUGGCUGGGCAGCAGACGCGGAGCGAGAUUGGCAGCUGGGCGGUCAAGAGUGCGCAGGGCUCCAUGAAGGGCGCUCACCGCUACCUGAAGAAGAACGAGCAGCGUGCCCUGGAUGAGACCUGCAUCGACCCGGUUACUGGUGAGGUAUGCGACACGGUCCAGGGCACAACUGACGUCAGAGCGGCUUGCUGGGCAGCGCGGACCUGGCCGACCUUCCACACUCGGGAGCAGUUGGUGGCCACGCUCAAGUCUUUCCCGAAGGGCACGGGCACGGGGCCAGAUCAGUGGAAGCCAGCACACAUCCUGGCCCUCUCGGAUCAGGGGCAGGAGUAUCUCGUCACGCUCUUCAACAUGAUCGAGCGAGGGCUGGCAUGGCCGCACCAGCUGCUGCACAACUGGUUCGCCCUGCUGCCCAAGGGCGAGAAGCAGGAGCUGGGCAACGAGAGGGACAUCGGCCUCCUGCCGAUGCCCGUCAAGAUCUGGGGGCGCCUCACCAAGACCCCCCUGACGGAGUGGUGCGACAAACGGGCUGCGCACUGGGAUGCCGCGGUGAGAGGCAGCAGUGCGCUCCAGGCCGCCCUACUUACCAUGGUCCUGGAUGAGACUAGGGCACGCAUAGGUCUCAACGAGCAGAACAACUUUCUGGCAGAUGUUGAGAAGUUUUACGAACACAUGGAUUUGGCACAGAUGAUUCUGCAGGCUAUCGAACUUCAAUUUCCUGCGGUGGAGCUGUACCUCUGCUGCCUGACGUAUCUACCGCCUCGGACGGUCAAGGCCCAAGGGGCUUACGCCGAGUCCAUCGUGCCGAACUGCUCCAUCGUGCCAGGCUGCGGGAAGGCCAACCAUUGUGCAAGAGUUUUCCUGUACCGACUGUUGGAGAGGGCUCAUGAGAGGGCCCCGCUGGCGCACAUCAGGCAGCACGUAGAUGAUGUACACACGCGAGUGGAGGGUCCAAGAAAGAUGGUGCUGGACCAGACUAAGAUAAUCACUUGCGAGCUGGCGCAGGGCAUGCUGGACCUGGGACUCCGAGUCUCCCCCAAGUCGCUCCUGAUGAUGACGAAUGUGAAGGAUGAGGUGAGAGUCCAGCGGCACGUCCUGCAGAGUACGGGCAUCAAGAUCAAGCGAGCCAGCUGGGCCAAGGACCUCGGGGUGGACUGCUCCAUGGGAAUCAAGCGUGCGACCAAAACCGCCAAGGGCAGGAUGACCACGGCGCAGGCUCGCGCCACGCGCACGGCCCUGUUCAGGCGAGUCGGUCGAGGAGGCAGCAGAUCCAAAGGAGUCUUGCUGCACAAUACCAACAUCAAGGCGAAGUUUCGAUAUGCUGAUCCAGUCCUGGGAGUGGCGACGUCUGAUAUGGAGCGCAGGCGUGCCCAAGCGGCAGACUUGGCGGGGCACGCAGUCGGUGGCAGAUGCACGGCCUCAGUCAUGCUGCUCCACUACCAGGACGACGAGGCCAAGAUGAGUGUGGUAAAGGAUCAGGUCAAGCAGUGGUUCCAGUUCUGGGAGGCCCAUCCAGAGAUGCGAGAACGAGUUCGACGGGGCUGGAGAGCAGUGCUGAAGCGACUGAUAUACCUGCGCCCCCGCUCAAGAUGGCGGUGCGUGACGGGCCCGAUGGGGGCUCUCAUCAUGACGCUGCGCGAGCUCGGGUGGACCCCGCGAGCUCCAGACCACUGGCUCGACGACCAUGGGAACGAGUGGAAGCACAUGGGCGAUGUCGCGGACAGCUACGACGAGUUGUACGAGGCUCUCUGCUCCUCAGUCAGGCGCGACCUUUGGAAGCAGGCUGGCGAUCAUCCAGCAGGGCAAGGGCUGCACGAGGGCGGCGACAUGCACAUGCUGCGAGUCAACCUGCGGAG